CUCUCUGUCUCUCUAUCUCUCUUUCUUUCUCUCAGUCUUUCUGUCAUUGAAACAAACUGACCUUAGUUUUAAAUGUGUUGUUAAAUCCAUAACAAACGGAAUAUUUGGAAUAUUUGAAGAUUUAAAACAUCAAGUUGAAGUUUGAACAUGAAGUUUGUGGCGAGACUCUUGUUAACAGUGUUGUGCUGCAGUGUGCUGAGCAGAGCAGAGAAGACGUUGACCUGCGACCUGGAGACAUCAACACAGAAGCUCUACUGUGGUUACGGUCUCAUCGUGGUUCAGAACGUAGCAGUGAGUCAUCGGGAAACGGAGUCGUGUGUCAGCGGCGUUCGUCCAGAUCGACUCGAUCCUCCUCUCUGCUCCUCGACCCCCGUCCUCCACAUUGCCCAGCACAGGUGUAACGGGAGACACAGGUGUUCAGUCCGGAUGGAUCUUUGUCACUCAGCCAGACCCUGCAGCAGCAGGUGUGUCUGGAUGGAGACGACUUACAACUGUGUUCAUGGCAAGAUACAUUAUGUGUGUCAGAAACACAGAGCUUCACUUUACUGCGGACGUCAGGUGAUCAAAGUGUUGAUGGCGAACUACGGCAGGACCAGUAAAUGGGUCUGUAGGUACAGCGCCCCCCACAGGCAGCCGCCCAACACCGGCUGCACCAACCCCGACAGUCUGAAGGUGAUGUCACAAAGGUGUGAUGGAAAACACAAAUGUUCGGUCCGAGCAUCGAACCACAUCUUUGCCAACGUUUGUCCCGGGACCCGGAAAUACCUGCAGUACUCGUACACCUGCGUAGAUCCUGGAAACUGAGGAAACAGCAGAACUUCAGCAUCGUUUGAUUCUUAUUGAAACUAAAAGAGCUGAAGACGGUUUCAUGUCCAUCAGAGGUGCAAAGAUCUGGACUGGAUCUAAAGUCAGUGAGGAAAGAAGGAAGGAAGGAAGGAAGGAAGGAAGGAAGGAAGGAAGGAAGGAAGGAAAGAAGGAAGGAGGAAGACUUUGACUCAUCACUGCUCUGCAUUAACCCUUUAACUCUUUCUGUUCAUUCCACCUGCU